GCUUCCCCAUUUCGACGAACUAUUCAAAUAUCUGUCCACAAGAUUCACUCCGCUUCUGUUCACUCUCCCAUUUUAUUUCCUUUUAUUUUUUUUGAUUUUUGAUCACAGCACAACGGGCAGAGUGAUAACCAAGAAGGAAGGAAAAAAAGAAAAAAAGGAAAAAAAGAAAAAAAGGGCCGAUCCACGUUCACUUUCAUAAUUCCUCUUCGAACAAAAAGGAACUCCGACGUCUCCAGUUUCCUCUGUCAUUGUCUUCGAAAAAUUGAAUUCGGAUUGUAGGGAGACGAAGAGCCGAGUUGUAGAGAGCGAAAGAAGUAAUGAGUGGAGGGGGAGAAGAAGAAAGCAUAAAGCUAGAGUUCACUCCGACAUGGAUCGUCGCCGUUGUAUGCUCCGUCAUCGUCUUCAUCUCUCUCCUCGUCGAGCGCCAGCUCCAUUUCCUCGGCAAACUUUUCAAGAAGAAGAACCAGAAGCCGCUGUAUGAAGCCCUCCUCAAAGUUAAAGAAGAAAUGUGUAUUGUGGUUGCAGAAUUGAUGCUUCUAGGGUUCAUAUCGCUGCUGUUGACGGUGUUUCAAGGUUUGAUUCAAAAGAUCUGCAUCCCUGAGGGGUGGACUAAUCACAUGCUCCCGUGCAAGAAGGAAGAUGAACAAUCUGAGGCCGCCACGACCGAGCAUUUGGUUUCGGGAGUUCUGCGCAGGCUUCUGUCUGAAGAGGGAUCAGCAACAACACAUUGCAGCAGAAAGGGGAAAGUGCCAUUAUUGUCUAUCGAGGCUUUGCAUCAGUUGCAUAUCUUUAUUUUCGUUCUGGCACUCACUCAUGUGGUCUUUAGUGUACUCACUGUGAUUCUAGGAGGGGCAAAGAUAAGGCAAUGGAAGCACUGGGAGAACUCAAUCCACAAAAAUGAUAUGGAAAAUGUUCCAGGAAAGGUCACCCAUGUCCAGCAAUUUGAGUUCAUCCAGGACAGGUUUAAGGGCACUGGCAAAGAUUCACGCUUAUUUAGUUGGCUUUAUUCUUUUGGCAAACAGUUCUAUGGAUCUGUGACUAAAUCAGACUACACCACAAUGAGACUGGGCUUCAUCAUGACACAUUGCAAAGGAAACCCAAAAUUUGAUUUUCACAAGUAUAUGGUACGGGCUCUUGAAGCAGAUUUCAAGAAAGUUGUUGGUAUAAGUUGGUAUCUUUGGGUUUUCGUGAUGGUGUUUUUGUUGCUAAAUGUUAAUGGCUGGCAUACUUAUUUUUGGAUUGCAUUCGCUCCUUUAGUUCUUCUUCUUGCUCUGGGUGCUAAGUUAGAACAUAUCAUAACUCAGUUGGCUCAUGAGGUUGCUGAGAAGCACACAGCCAUUCAAGGUGAUUUGGUUGUCAAACCCUCGGACGAGCACUUUUGGUUCAACCGUCCUAAGAUUGUACUCUAUAUGAUUCACUUUAUCCUCUUCCAGAAUGCAUUUGAGAUCGCAUUUUUUUUCUGGAUCUUGACAACAUAUGGAUUUAAUUCCUGCAUCAUGGGACAAGUUGGGUUUAUCAUUCCCAGGCUCAUUAUUGGCGCAAUCAUUCAGAUUCUCUGCAGCUACAGCACCCUACCACUCUACGCUAUUGUGACACAGAUGGGAAGUUCAUUCAAGAAGGCAAUAUUUGAAGAGCAUGUGCAAGAGAGCCUUGUUGGAUGGGCACAGAAGGUGAAGAAACGAAAAGGUUUUAGAACUGCUGGCAAUGAUGAGAGCGUGAGAAGCAGCGUGGAGAUGAGUAAUCGACCCGUUAUAGAAAGCCAGACGAGUAAACUUCUUGAUAAAGAGAAGGAUAGUAUGAUGGAAGAAGGAAGAGCUGGGCCUUCUGAAUAAGUUCAUAUCAUUAUUCCGACAAAGCUUUUUUGAUAGAGAAUCUCUAUUCCUAAGGAUAGUACGAUGGAAGAAGGAAUCUGAAUGAAAAGUUGUUUGGUGGGGGCAGAAAAUCUAUGAUUCAAAGUUCAACGUGAAUUUAAAUGUAGUUAUUAAAGCUUAAAAUUCUUACUUAAUGACGGGAGUUGUUUAGCUGUUUCAGUUAAUUGUACAAUUUUUUAUUAUACUGCAAACAUGGUCCGAGACCUUAUAUUAUUACCCGAUUAAAAUUGUUGUAGAUAACAUUAAGUUAUUGCGCUGACAAUCAUAUUGUAGCAAAAUUUCUGUGUACUGCAAAAUGUCCAGUGUCAUCCAUUCGAA